AUGGCGGCUGAAGAGUACGUCAACAUGAUUUCAAAUCCCGCGAUGCUAGGCAGCCCGACUCUCAAGACGCAGCACCUAACCGGGGCGAGUCGCUACCAACGGGUAUCAGACACGGAAAUCAUCGGUCAUCAUCAGUUACGAGUGGCUCAUCAGAUUUACGAGGACACCACACUUUCAAAAGUUGUGGUGAAGGGGCACGCUCACAGCUACAACAAACAUUGGUACAAGAAGAUUGAUGGCCAAUGGAAAUUUGCAGGACUCGCUCCCGAAUUACGGUGGUCUGAGUACGACUUUGACAAGGUCGUUGCUGAGGGUCGUAGCCAUGCUCAAAAGACCUAG